AUGCAUCUGCUGGUACUUUUUCACAUUUUGCAGUCGCUUCUGUUAGCGGCCCAUUCCUGUCCAUCCUUAUGUUCCUGCCAUAAUGGGAAAAGUGGAAUAGCAGAACUCAGGCUGGUCCAGUGCAGUGACCCUGGAAUCACAGCUGUUCCCAUUAGCGUCCCAGCUGACACGGUCAAACUUCGUCUAGAAAAGACGCCGAUCUCCAAGGUGUCCAGGGCAGCCUUCUACAACCUGUCAGAGCUGCGGUUCUUAUGGCUAACUUAUAACUCAAUAACACUGAUCCACCCAAGCAGCUUCGUCAACCUGAAAGCCCUGCGAGAGCUCCGUCUUGAUGGGAACCUCCUAACAUCCUUUCCCUGGGAGGGACUCAGAGACAUGCCCCGUCUCCAGACUCUGGGUCUACAUAACAACCGUUUGUCCAGUCUUCCAGCCCAUGCUGCUCUCUUCCUUCCUAACAUCACAUAUCUGGAUCUGUCCAGCAACAGGUUGACUAUAUUACCAGCUGAGCUGCUGGAUCUUUGGUUUCCUCUUCCAGGACAAAGUGAAGGGCAAGUGGAAAGAAGAAUUUUGGGUCUCCAUGACAAUCCCUGGUUGUGUGACUGCCAGAUCUCCAUGCUGAUGUCUUUGUCCAUGACCCUGGGGAGUACUGUAGUCCUUAUGGACCAGUUGCUGAUGUGCAGUAAGUCUCUGAGUCAGUCAGAGUUGCUGCAGACCCAAGCUGAGCUGUCCCGCUGUAUGAGGCCUUCAGUCCAGCCUGCGGCCACCAGGGUAAUUUCCCCAAUGGGCAGCAAUGUAAUCCUACGUUGUGACGCCACUGGCUACCCAACGCCAACACUGACUUGGAUCAAAACCUCAACCUACACAAAUUGUUGCCAACAAGACAACCUUGACAACUCUGAACAGCUGCCUAGGAUUUUGGAGAGUUGUAAGUGCAGGUGCAUUGUCGCUUCUAAUAAACAUUUUUAUUUCAUACAGUGCUCUUACUACUUCAAGUGCUGUAUCUGUAUUUGCAUCCAUAACAGAGAAGCAUACAAGGAUGCUGGUGAAUAUCGCUGCCAAGCCCGGAACAUGGCAGGAAUUUCUGAAGCCCUGAUUAAACUGAAAGUCAUGGGAAUCACAAAACUACCCCAUCUUCCAAAGAAGUCCAGAAAGAUUUCCUCCAAAUCCCCAUCAAAGUACAGGAAACCAUACCAGAUCUCAGCUAUCACCAACGUCCCCUCAGUGAAGGAUAAUCAGAUACUAUCAAGUAUCACACCAUUUUCCAGUAACCAGGCCAAGAAACCUCAAAGCCUCGUGACUUUUUUGGAGCAGAUGAGUACGUUAGAAAAUACUAAAUGAAAUCAGCAGAUACAAAGAGAA